AUGCGGGCUUCCCUGUAUAUGCUCCGGUCGGCAACCCGGCAGCUCUUCAAAUCUUCAAACAUUCCAGUUCUUGAACCGGGGCAACCAGAAUACGAUCGCGCCAUUGCGACUUCAAAUCGCCUAUUUCGCUUCUCGAGACCAGAUUGCGUGGUCCAACCUGAGACGAUUGCACAUGUUCAGGCUAUUGUAAAAGAAGCAGCUUCCAAGAAAGUCAAUCUCACUAUCAAAUGCAAUGGUCAUUCUUAUGCAGGCCAUUCUACUGCCUUCAAAGGUGUCUCGCUGGAUCUUAGAAGGAUGAACAAGGUCAAUCUUGAUAUAAAGUCAAAGACUGUCACCAUGGAUGCUGGUUGCCAGUGGGGUCAUGUUUACCAGACGCUCGUCAAUGGCGGGCAUGAAGGUUAUAUCAUCAACGGUGGACGCUGCCCUACUGUUGGUGUAAGCGGAUUCAUUCUUGGAGGUGGUCUUGGGCCUUUCACGCGAAGCUUUGGAAUGGGAUGCGAUACGUUGACGGAAGCAACUGUUGUAACAGCAACAGGAGAUGUGGUUACUGUGAAGAACACUGAUGACCCGAAGUCUAAGGAAGGCGAGCUCUUCUGGGCCCUCCAAGGAGGAGGAGGCGGCAAUUUUGGGGUCUUGGUCCAGAUGAAGCUCAAAGUCCAAGAACUGGAGAAUGCUUAUGGAACUGUGGUCGCGGGCAGGUAUCAGUGGUUUCCUAAACCCAACAAGGAGAAAACUGACAACGCUAUCUCUACGAUGAACGACUUCUAUACCACCAAUUGGCCUAAGAACAUUACCAUCGACAGCACCUGGAUCUGUGACCUUAGUCAAAAAUCCGACGGCAUCCGAUUUAUCGUUGCUUAUGAUGGCAGUCAAAACAGCUACGAGAAAACCAUCGACAAGCACAUUAAAAAUGAUGAAUUAAAGACUCAACUUAAGCGAAGAGUACUACCUGAGCCGUCCACACGCUUCCUCUACGAGACCUUAGUGAACCAAUGGCUAGAGGAGACCGAAAAAGCUUAUCCGACCAACAAGACAUACGAGCUCUUUAGCUCUUUUUGUUUCAAUGAAAGAUCAAAGAUUGAAGAUAUCACUGCGACAAUUCGAAGUCUGAUGAAAAAGUUUCGAAGUCAGUUUCGGGGGGAACAGGUCAACUUCCUUGUUACUUGGAUUCAUUCCGGCGGCAAGGCAACAGAAAGGAAGCCAACUGACUCGGCGUUUUUCUGGCGUGAAGCUGCUUACCAUGCUUACGUCACGGUAGAAUGGACAGAUAAGUGGAUGGAAAGGGACAUGAGGUCCUUUCACGCAGAAGUCAAGAAGGCUCUAAGGCCGCUCUCUCUUAAAGGCGAGGCUGCUUUUAUAAAUUUCCCUGACGGCGACUUUCCGAGACAAAUGUACGAGAGGGCUUAUUUCGGCGACAACGCCGAUAAACUUCGUCGAGUCAAAGAAACGUGGGAUAAGACCGGGUUCUUCAAAUAUGACCAGGGAGUUCGGCUGCCCAACGCUGCGACAGAGGACUUGAAUAAGCCAGAUAUAGAAGACAAGACCGACUUACUCGCAUCCAACCUGUGGGACUCCUUCAAAUACACCGCAAACAAAGAAUGGGAGUCUUAUAAAACUACCAAUCUCAAGAGAGAUCUCGAAAUGUUGGAGGAGGAUGGAUUUUAG